AUGUACAUCAACUUGGACCGCAAGCUGUGGAAGUCGCUGACGGCGGAGUUCGUGGGCUGCUUCUUCCUCAACUUCUUCGGCUGCGGCGCCUGCGUGGCGAGCAACUGCUACGGCUUCGGCCCCGCUGACGACAGCCAGACGCACUUGCCGGCGGGGGACAUCGCGCUCUGCGCCGCCUUCGCCUUCGGGGGAGUCAUCGUCGUCAACAUUGUGAUAAUUGGCCCGGUCUCCGGGUGCCAAAUCAACCCAGCCGUAACGAUCGGGUUCAUGACAGUGGGGAUGAUGCCCAUUCCUAGGGGUCUGCUCUACAUAGUAGUGCAGGUUCUCGGUUGCCUGGCGGGCACAGGGGCCCUUAGCACGCUCAUCCCCUACCGCUGGUGGACACUGCACAUUGCGCCCAACCUCCUGAACGAGAGCAAGGGCGUGGACAUCGGGAAAGGCUUCGCGUACGAGAUGCUCAUGACGUUUGUGCUGAUGGCCGUGGUGUUGGCGGUGACGGACGACAGACGGCCCGAGCCCCACCCACAUGUGGCCCUCGUCAUCGGCGUCACCGUCGGCGCCGCAGUCUUCUGCGGGGUGUUUGCUACAGGAACAAGUAUGAACCCUGCCAGGACUUUGGGCUCAGCCAUUGUGAGCGAAGAGUACACUAACGUGUGGGUGUACUGUACUGCGCCCACUCUUGGAGCAGUUCUCGCCGCCCAGGGGUAUCACUGGGUGCUCAAAGAUCGGAAAAAACCGGGCGAAAUCGCCGGGUAG